CCCAUCAUCAUACACGAAAUGCAAUCAUCGUGUCCAUCUUGACAGUCUGUUCACUCCAUCAUGACAAGCAAAUCACCAGAACAGCUUCAACAGCUCGUCGCGUCACUCACAGCAUUGGGUAUAUCCACAGAACAAGCCGAGUCAGCCUUGCAAAAAUGUGAUUUCGAUGCAGCUCGAGCGGCCGAUUAUGUCCUUUAUUGUCUCUUCGUGGAUGCCCCACCCACAACUUGACUCUCAUGGCGCCUCUCAAUCGUUCAUCCUCUCUUCCUGUCAACGUUAAUGCUUCGACCAAUCUUUCCCGCUUCAAAGUCUUUUCUGGACGUGGAGUGACUGCAGAAGAGCCCACGCCGCAGCCAAGUAGAGCAGAGCCGCAGUCAAGCUCUUUACUGGGUGCUUUUGAAAGGGGACGUAGUAGUCUGUUCAAACAACGAUCAGCGACCGACGACACACGACUCCCCAGUCAGCCGGUAGGGGCAAGCUCGACCUCGCGACGACCUCCGAGUCCUUUCUUCCGAGCGAGACGUUCAAGGGAGAAAGCAAGGGCCCGGGAAUCAUCACCAGAAGUCGGUCCUUUGGAGAAGGAUCAGGUCGAGUCAGACGUUGAAUCGAUCGCCGGCGGCUCUACACGACAUUUCGAACCCCAGGUAUCUGCCUACGAGGACGACAGUGACGACGAUCUCGAGAAUGAAGCAGACGUUCUCCCCGAUCCAGAAACGACCAAGAACACUUUAGCAAAUGCUGUCUUCUUUGAUGCACCCGAAGGUCUCGACGAGGAUGUCCUGGAUGUCUUUGGUGAGGAGAUUGAACAGGAUCCCUUGGGAGAAGGUCCCAAUGUCAUCGUACCUCUGCCUCCGACAUUCCCCUCCACGGCACAGCCAAAAAGGAGGCCGACCAAAGGACGCCUUCCCCUUACCACCUCACGACCCGUCUUUGCAAGAGAUCGAUGCACUAUUACUUUAAAUCAUGGUGACCCCGACGGGGCCCUAGAGGAGAGCGGGAAGCGUUUAAGACGAUAUGUGGUGUUGAGCGAUCUGUCCGACGAGUCACGAUAUGCAGUGGAAUGGGCUAUCGGAACUGUCGCACGUGAUGGAGACGAGAUAUUCGUUAUCUCUGUCAAAGAAGAUGAGGAUAAGGUGGACCCCAAAUCAUGGUCUGACACGGCAGCAAAGGUCAAGAUACAGAAAGAGCGACAAACGGCCACCCUUGUACUGGUGCGCGAGGUCACCAGUCUGCUGCAACGGACACAUCUCAACAUCACUGUGACUUGCCAAUUUCUUCACGCCAAGAAUGCGCGACAUAUGCUGCUCGAUCUCAUCGAUUUUCUGGAGCCAAGUAUGGCCAUCGUCGGUUCACGAGGUCUGGGCAAGCUGAAAGGUAUCUUGUUGGGCUCCACCUCGCACUACCUGGUACAGAAAUCCUCUGUGCCCGUUAUGGUUGCUCGGCGCCGCCUGUAUCGCCCGCUGCGCAAGACAGACCCAUCUCAACUGCGUCAUUCACCCCGAGUUAGCUUGGCCAGCGCAAGCAUCGAAAAGACCGCCUCCAGUAAACAAGAGGAUGAGGUCGUCGAUCUGGCACAGCAAGAAGGUGAUGAGGAGAAGCCAGAGUGAGUGGACUUGACAUCAUACAGGAAAAUCGGAGAAGACGUUUAUUGUAAAGACUGUAUUGAUGCACACGGAAAUCAUGAGGAUUGGUACAAAUGUCAUUUGGUAGAUCAGACGUGUGUAGAAACAACGCUCAGUUCUUUGUCCACCUUGUCUCUUCUGUCCUACAGCUGAAUUGUAAUAAGC